CAGCGGUAGUAAGCCGAUUAGACAUGCGCGGCGAGGGAAGUUUAAAAGCCAAAUGGCGGRCAAAGUGUCGGACAAAGUUGUUUUGAGUUUUCAUAAUAGCUUACUACGGGAAUCUGAUAUACAACUCCUUAAUGAAGGGCACUGGCUCAACGAUAAUAUUUUAAKCUUUAUGAUGGAAUAUUUUGAACAAAAUGAGUUCACGGAUUCUCGGAUUGCAUUUGUAAGCMCUAGYGUUUGUCAGCUUGUUAAACUUUGCGGUGACCCAUGUUUCUUGGAGUCACUUUGCUUGGAUCAAAAAGAACUGAUAUUUCUAGUAAUAAAUGACAAUGACAGCAGAACAUUAGCAGGAGGAUCUCACUGGUAAUGUGAAUUUUUAUCUGAUCUAUCUGAUUUUAUCAGUCUGUCAAUAGAGCACAGCAGCAUGUGCUUUUUUCUCCCUUGCUUUCUUUUUACUGGUUAUUUACACUUGAAAAAUAACAUUAGCUUUAAGUUAUUAACCUGCUUGCCAUGCAAUAUUGCACCUCAUUUGAGUUAUUUUGCAUAAUACAGUUUUAGGCAAAAUGAGUAAAAUAACAUGCUGCAA